UGCGACUUAGCUGAUUCUGAUUACAUCGGAGGGUUUUUUUACAAGAGACCACCAGAUGGGUUGCUUGAAUUCGCUGAUAGAGUUUAUGUUUUUGAUUCAUGUUUUUGCACGGAGGUGUUGCCUGAUGGUUUAUACCAAAUCUUCCUUCACGAAAUCAUCAAUGACUUACACGAAGAGUUCCCUGAAUCGUCGUUUCUAGCAUUCAACUUCCGGGAAGGUGAGAAGAGAAGCGUUUUCGCCGAGACUCUCUGUGAGUACGACGUGACUGUCCUUGAGUACCCAAGGCAAUACGAAGGCUGCCCUUUGCUCCCUUUAUCGCUGAUCCAGCAUUUUCUCCGCGUCUGCGAGAGCUGGCUCGCUCGUGGGAACCGUCAGGAUGUGAUUCUUCUUCACUGCGAGAGAGGAGGCUGGCCGCUUCUGGCGUUUAUCCUCGCUAGUUUCUUGAUUUUCAGGAAAGUUCACAGCGGCGAGCGCAAGACGCUUGAGAUUGUGCACCGUGAGGCUCCCAAGGGUCUCUUGCAGCUGCUCUCGCCGUUGAAUCCUUUCCCGUCUCAGCUUCGUUAUCUUCAGUACGUGGCGAGGAGAAACAUCAAUCCUGAGUGGCCACCUCCUGAGAGAUCGCUUUCUCUGGAUUGUGUGAUUAUUCGAGGUAUUCCGAACUUUGACUCGCAACAUGGAUGCAGACCAAUUAUACGUAUCUUUGGGAGAAAUUUUAGUUGCACGUCUGGUCUUUCCACGGAGAUGCUGUAUACUAUGACUAAUAAGAAGAAACCACUUCGGCAUUACAGACAGGCAGAAUGUGAUGUGAUCAAAAUUGACAUCCAGUGCUGGGUUCAAGGAGAUGUUGUACUGGAGUGUGUGCAUAUGGAUUUAGAGCCAGAACGAGAGGUUAUGAUGUUUCGUGUUAUGUUCAAUACUUCAUUCAUCAGGUCCAACAUACUAAUUUUGAACUCAGACAACUUGGAUAUUCUUUGGGAAGCCAAGGAUCAUUAUCCGAAAGGGUUUCGAGCAGAGGUUUUAUUUGGAGAAGUUGAGAAUGCCUCACCUCAGAAAGUGCCUACUCCAAUAGUGCAUGGUGAUGAGACUGGUGGCCUGCCCAUUGAAGCCUUUUCUAAAGUUCAAGAACUUUUUAGCGGUGUGGAUUUGGCUGAGAAUGGUGAUGAUGCUGCUCUGUGGUUGCUGAAACAACUUGCUGCCAUUAAUGAUGCAAAGGAGUUUACAAGGUUUCGGCACAAAGGGAGUUUUUAUUUGAAUUCUCCUGACUCUGAAGAGGAGACCAACACAUCUAGUGCCGCUGAUAGUUCAGAUGAAGGCUUUGAUGCCAUUCAUAAACCUCACAUUCCUAUACCUUUUGAUAACGAUGAGACAGAAGAUAUUCCUAUAUCUUUUGCUCCUGAAUCUUUAGAGGAGCCUCAAGAAGUUUCGACGAAAGACAGCGUCCACCCUCCGACACUUCUGCCUCCACCACCACCACCGCCUCCACCUCCUCCCCCUCCUUUUACGAGCACAGCCUCAGUUUCACCCCAACUCCCACCCCCUCCUCCACCGCCACCUCACCCUAACACCAAAACACUUUCACCACCACCACCUCCUCCUCCUCCACCUUUCUCUAGAGGCAUUCCACCACCACAGCCACCACCAUCGCCACCUUCGUUUGGGAACACAGGAAAUGAACUUCAAGCACAGCCACCUCCACCUCCACCUCCUCCUCCAAUCAAAGCAUCUUCUGCUACUAAAUGUGUACCGCCGCCACCACCCCCGCCUCCACCUACAUCUCAUUUUGGCCCUGCUCGUGUUGGCCCACCUUCGGCACCACCACCACCCCCGCCUCCACCUACAUCUCGGUCUGGUCCUGUUCGUGUUGGCCCACCUUCAGCACCCCCACCACCACCACCUCCGCCUCUUAAGGCUAAUAUUUCAAAUGCUCCCAUGCCACCUCCUCCACCACCACUUCCUCCCUUUUCGGCAAAGUCGGGUCCCCCUCCUCCGCCUCCACCACCUCUUCCUCCCUCUUCGGCAAAGUCGGGCCCCCCUCCUCCGCCUCCACCACCACUUUCUUCUUCUUCUGCAAAGUUGGGUCCCCCUCCUCCGCCUCCCCCACCACUUCCUUCUUCUUCUUCAAAGUUGGGUGCCCCUCCUCCACCUCCACCACCUCUAUCCAAGACCCCUGCUCCUCCUCCUCCACCAGUGAUGGGUCGUGGUACAAGUAGUGUCCCCCCACCACCACCGGGAGCAAAAAGUUUGAAUGCACCGCCGCCUCCUCCUCCUGCAGGAAGGGGCAGAGCUUCCUCGGGACUUGGAAGAGGUCGAGGUGUGAGUGUGCCUGCUGUUGCACCUAAGAAGACCGUGCUGAAGCCUUUGCAUUGGAAUAAAGUUACCCGGGCAGCAAAAGGUAGUUUGUGGGCUGAUACUCAGAAACAGGAAAAUCAACCACGGGCCCCUGAAAUAGAUAUAUCAGAGCUCGAGAGUCUCUUUUCUGCAGCUUCAGAUACAGGUGCGAAGAAACCCACAGGUCGCCGGGGUUCUAGUAUCAGCAAACCUGAGAAAGUUCAACUGGUUGACCUGCGAAGGGCAAAUAACUGUGAAAUAAUGCUUACGAAAAUAAAGAUUCCUCUACCAGAUAUGCUUAGCGCAGUUCUAGCCUUGGAUUCGUCAGCUCUGGAUAUCGACCAGGUUGAGAAUCUCAUCAAAUUUUGUCCGACCAAAGAAGAAAUCGAAUUAUUGAGGAAUUAUACUGGUGACAAAGAAAUGCUUGGAAAGUGUGAACAGUUUUUCAUGGAACUAAUGAAAGUUCCACGUAUAGAAGCAAAGUUACGAGUGUUUGGUUUUACGAUUACCUUUGCUGCUCAGGUGGAAGAAUUAAAAGGCUACCUGAAUGCGAUAAAUGCUGCUACUAAAGAGGUGAAGGAGUCUGCAAAGUUACGUCAGAUUAUGCAGACAAUUUUAACACUGGGAAAUGCUUUAAAUCAAGGAACUGCGAGAGGAUCUGCUGUGGGUUUCAAACUGGACAGUCUUCUUAAAUUGUCUGAUACUCGUGCAAGAAAUAACAAAAUGACUUUGAUGCAUUACUUAUGCAAGCUUGUUGGUGAAAAAAUGCCUGAGUUGCUUGAUUUUCCUAAUGACCUUGCUCACUUGGAAGCUGCCUCGAAGAUUGAAUUGAAAACGUUGGCUGAAGAAAUGCAAGCGCUGAGUAAAGGCCUUGAGAAGAUGGAGCAAGAGCUCUCGGUUUCAGAAAAGGAUGGUGCAAUUUCUCUGGGUUUCCGGAAGGUCUUGAAGGAUUUUCUUACUGCCGCUGAAGCAGAUGUGAGGUCGCUUAUUACCUUGUAUAACGAAGGGGGGAAAAAUGCAGAUUCCUUGUCGCACUACUUCGGUGAGGAUCCAAUUCGUUGCCCUUUCGAGCAAGUGACCAAGAUUCUGACUCUUUUCAUGAAAACGUUCAUCAAAUCUCGAGAGGAGAAUGAAAAACUAGCUGAGGCUGAGAAGAAGAAACUGGAGAAAGAUGCAAUAAAGGAGAAGUCAGCGACAAAGAAAGAUGGCGCUGAUAACGAAGACGAGCUUAUCAACCAAAUCCAUAGACAUAGAACA